AGCUGGUCUGGGCCAGCUCUGUGUGGCUUACAGCUAGUGGACUGGGGUGUAUAGGGAAUCGUUCGGAACUGUUUGGGAGCCCUGUCCCAGUGACUACUCAUCAGAGAUACCUAAGGAAGACCACUACCCUAGGGGACUAAGCCUGCUACCACACAGGGUAUGCCCAAGCCAAAGAGGUACGCUUUGUGGGGUUUUCUCUUCUUAGAAAAGGGUGAGGUUUCCUGUUGGCUUAGUUCACGGCUCAUCCCCAUCUUCUGCACCCCAGUCCUUCGUUAUUAUGAGUCAUCACAGAUCUCGUCACAUGUGCAAGGCCUCCACCCAGACUCUUGGGAGCCUGGCCUGGCUCUGUGUGCCCUGGCUGGGUUCUGGAAGGAGGAAAGGUUUGCUCACUCUGAUGGUUGCCUUGGGAUCCUGAGCACCCCUGUGAUGCCCUAGGAAGUGCUCUUGUGAUCUGAGUGGCCUUCUGAAGCCCAGACUACAGGACCCAGGAUCCUGUUAGAAACUCUUAUCUUUAGAUCAGAAUCCCUCUGUCCUACCUGGAAGUCCCAGAAGAGGGGCUGUGGUCCUAGGCAAAGAGAAAGACAGGAGAAUUCUGACCCUGGCUAGAGAAUGGUCUGGUUGUGGAGACCUGACAUGAGAUAAGCAGACAUGAAUGUAGGCAGUCGCCAAGUGCUAGGAAGUGUAUGGCUGCUCCAAGGUGGGGAGUGUCACUGAGACCAGUGACAGGGAAAGCCUGCUGGAGGGGGUGGGCUUUGCCUAUGGCAUGGAGGUUGGGAGGGUAAAGGAAGGAAGCAAGAGGUUUUAGGAUUCAGAGCUUGUGGCAGGCUGAACCCAGCGUGCAGUAAAGGCACAUGUUAUUCAGGAGUGACACAUGGCCUGAGGAUGGAAGGUGGAAGGGAGGACUGGGGGCCCAGUGACAAUGGGGAGGAGGAUGGCAAGAUACUGUUCAGUAGCAGUGGGGAGCCACAGGAAGCAAUGAGUGAGGGAGUGAUCAGGCAAAAGUUGGCCAUGACAGGGAAUAGAUGGAAAGUGGGGAGCUUCACCACCCAUGGAGGGACGUUCCCAAACCCCACUAGCCAGAAGAUCCUCCCCUUAGUGUGCCUUUGACAGGAAGGGCAGUGGCCCCUCUUUACCCUUUGCCAGCAUCUGGGGGUCCAAAUCCACCUACCCCCUUUUGCCCUGCUCUCCUCCUCCCUGCCUUCCUUUCCUGUCACCCCCAUCCCUUCCUGCCUUGUGGUAUACCCCUGUUUUGGUGUCAAAGGGAUCCUUGGUCCUAGAUCAUUCUGAAAGGAGCCAUUAUCCACCCAUGUAGCAGAACUUCAUGGGCAUCUCUGUAGGAUUGUGGAGCCUAGUCUACCUCUCUGUGCCCUGGCUGAGCCCCAAAAGGGGACCUUGGGUUUUGGGGACACCAUAGCCUCUGAGGCAGGGAAAGACCCCACUUUGAGCCUGGCUUGCUUUUCUUUUGCUUUCUGUCCUUAAGCUUUGGGGAAUGGUGUCUCUGUUAGGGAGGUGGGCAGAAUGUGGCUUAGCCCUGCCUCCUUCAGCCUUGCAAUUCUUUCAAAAGCCAGAGUAGUGGCCUGCAGGAGCCAGCGCCUUCCCUCCCUGCACCAGAGGUAAGGCGAGGCCCUGCUGCCCCAUUGCUCUCAGGGCCCAACUGACAUUUCAUUCUCCUCCUCAGGCCAACCUCUACCCCACCGUAGGCCUGCAGACACCUGGGGAGAUUGUGGACGCCAACUUUGGGCAGCAGCCCUUCCUGUUUGACAUUGAGGACUACAUGCGGGAGUGGCGUGCCAAGGUCCAAGGCACUGUGCACUGCUUCCCCAUCAGUGCUCGGCUUGGCGAAUGGCAGGCAGUGCUGCAGAACAUGGUCUCAUCUUACCUGGUGCAUCAUGGUUAUUGUGCCACAGCCACGGCUUUUGCCCGAAUGACUGAAACCCCGAUUCAGGAAGAACAAGCAUCCAUAAAGAACAGACAAAAGAUCCAGAAGCUGGUGCUGGAGGGCCGUGUGGGUGAGGCCAUUGAGACCACACAGCGCUUCUAUCCAGGACUGCUGGAGCAUAACCCUAACCUGCUCUUCAUGCUCAAGUGCCGACAAUUUGUGGAGAUGGUGAAUGGGACCGACAGUGAGGUCCGCAGCUUGAGCUCCCGAAGCCCCAAGUCCCAGGACAGCUACCCUGGCUCCCCCAGCCUCAGCCCCCGACACGGCCCUAGUUCCCACAUGCACAACACAGAUAGUCCCAGCUGCAGCAACGGCGUCGCAUCCACGAAGAGCAAACAGAACCACAGUAAAUACCCUGCACCCAGCUCCUCCUCCUCCUCCUCGUCCUCCUCGUCCUCCUCAUCCCCAUCCUCCGUCAAUUACUCCGAGUCCAACUCAACAGAUUCCACCAAGUCCCAGCCCCACAGCAGCACCAGUAACCAGGAGACCAGUGACAGUGAGAUGGAGAUGGAAGCAGAGCAUUACCCCAAUGGUGUGCUGGAGAGUGUAUCCACACGCAUCGUCAAUGGCGCCUACAAGCACGAGGAUCUACAGACAGAUGAGUCCAGCAUGGAUGAUGGGCAUCCUCGGCGGCAGCUCUGUGGGGGCAACCAGGCUGCUACAGAAAGGAUUAUCCUGUUUGGUCGAGAGUUGCAGGCACUGAGUGAGCAGCUGGGCCGAGAGUACGGCAAGAAUUUGGCCCACACGGAGAUGCUGCAGGAUGCCUUUAGCCUGCUGGCAUACUCAGACCCCUGGAGCUGCCCAGUUGGCCAGCAGCUUGACCCCAUCCAGAGGGAACCAGUGUGUGCUGCCCUCAACAGCGCCAUUUUAGAGUCUCAGAACCUGCCAAAGCAGCCCCCUCUGAUGCUCGCCCUGGGUCAGGCAUCUGAAUGUCUACGGCUCAUGGCCCGAGCUGGCCUGGGAUCUUGCUCCUUUGCCAGAGUCGACGACUACUUGCACUAGCUGACCACGCUGGCUGGCCCCGCCUGGCCCUCCCUCAGCCCCAGGGCUGGAGCAGCCCUGCCCUCCAUAGGCAUCUGGCGCAGGGACCUGGAAGCCAUGGGCAGAGUCCAUUCCUCCUGCCUGGCCUCCCCCACUCCCUUUCCUGUUUUCCUUUUCUUCCUUUCCUUUCCCUCCCUCCAUCCCUCCCUUCCUUUCUUCCUUCUUCUUUUCCUUCCUCCCCCUACCCUGCCCUCAGACUCUCUCUCCCCUUCACAUGCAGCGGCCUCUGACACAGUAUUGGCUGGUUACUCUCAUGUAGCGCCUUCUACUUUGAAAGGGGGGUUUUGUUUUGAGGAGGGGUUGGGUUUUUUAAUCUUUUUUUUUUUUUUUUCCUCCUGACUGAGCCACCAGUAUUUAUCUCUGGAGAGCUUGUGCUGAGCUGGGUUCUGCUAAUUUAGUGAUGAAGCCUAUCCAAGUUGGUGAUAGCUUAUUAUUUUCAUAAGUAAAAAAAAUGAGAUUAUAUAUAUAUAUAAAUAUAUAUAUUAAAAAAAGACACAGUAUUUAUCGUAGUGUUAGUGGUCCAGCACCUCUUGGGUGAGGCUGUCCAGACACCAUAUGUUUCUAUUUGAGUCCAACUCAUUAAAAAAGAAUCAUCUCUGUCACCUCAGCCAAGUGAUAAGUUUAUUUCAGGCUUCCCCUUUGUCGAGCCACAGGCCCAGCUGCAGCCUAGGGAAGCCCAGUAGGCAUUGGGGACCACUUAGUGGGCAGGUCAGGCUAAGUUGGUUUGUGGCAUCUGAAAGGUGUGGGUCCCUAGGCCCCUGAGAGCUGGGCUGAGCAGAGAACUACGGGGCUGAGGCUUCAGAGAAGGGAUGAGUUGGCCCAGGGCUAUACAGCAAAGCAGGGGAGUAGGGAGUCCUUGGCCAGCACACUAUCUACCAUUCUAUCCUGCCUCUCACUGCCUGCCUUGCCCCUUCCUUUCUCCCCCUUUCAACAUCCUAUUUUCCCUUGUCGUUAAGAUGGCCAAAUAAUUCAUUUACUCUAAAUUGAUUGCCUGGAAACUACCUGCCUUUGACCCAAGAGCUGCUGUGUGUCAGGCAGCGGGGAGGAUGUCUCUCCAUUCCAGGACAGAAGCCCUUGAGUACAGGGGCUGCCUUCUUUCUGCCUGGAUCUUCACCGUCUCUGCACAGCUCUGAUGGAAUCAAUGCUUUCUGUUGAGAAGCUAGGACUUUGUGGAGGCAGAUUCUUGGGCCCGCCAGUUCCUGGAGUGGAUGGAACUCUUGACCUACUAGGCCAGGCUUCACUGCAGCUGUGCCAGGCAGCUCCCUGCAGCUUGGCCCCAGACACUCUUAGAAAAGACUAUUAUGAGUAUUUGCUGGCCAGAGGAAGGGACCUCAUGGGCUCUGCAAAUGUCCCACCAGCUGUUUCAGAUGGAUCCUCACAGCUGGUGGGGCAAACAGUCCCGGUACUGCCAUCAGGGAAUCAAGAGAGGAAGGGCUGAGUUGACUGCUAGGACUUGGGCAGGCCAUCCAUGGAGAGGACUGACUGCCCAGGAAGAAGAAGGAGGAGGCCUACCCAGAGGAGCACCAGGAGGGGCUGGGAUUUCCCUACCUGCUUCACAGUGAGAGGGAGCGCACAGGCAGCCCUUGCAAAGGGGCAAGGCCAGAAAUUGAACUUCCAGUCCCUGUCUGGGCAAGGGCUGGGUAAGCUCCUGCUCUCGGGCAGCGGACACAGGGAUGGUGGUACGGCCUGAGAUGUUCAUUGCCUGCCAGGCCCACAGCUGGACAGAAGUGAUUGAGUUGGACCAGCUGCUGGUGAUGGGGUCAGAGCCUUGGCCCUGUGCUCUCCCAGAGUUCUCCCUUGGGACAUGAUCCUACAGGCUGCUGCUUUUGCUUGGUCCCCACCAGGGCCCCAGCUGGUACCCCACAGACCAUGGCCUGUUGGGGUGGUGUUGUCAUGUCUGUAAAGGAAACUCAUCCUAUACAAGGCUGGGGAUGUCUAGCUCCCAAACCCAGAGGUUGGAUACAUCAAGCUGUUAAAAUGGCCAGAGCUGAGCAGGAUUGGGAAUUAAAACCGGAGGCUUUUGCAGCUGGAAUGGGGUUCAGAGAACAUCUAUUCCACCAAUCCUCUCCUCUUCAGAUAAGGAAACAGGCCCGGGAGAUUAAAUGACUUAGCCAAAGUCACACAGCAAAUUAGUGGCAGAGCUGGGACUAACCUCAUCCCUGUGGGUUGUGCAACACUGUUUAGUCCUGAAGCUAAAUAUCGAGUGAGGGCUUAGGCUGGUGAGGCCCCCAGCAGUGUCUGAGCAGCUGGUACCUUCAGGGGUGUGUCAGGGAUGGGGAUGGGUGCCUGGGCUUGAGUUGUGGAGUGUCUAAGAGAGGGCCCGAGAGGGCCUGGGACAGCUGUGUGCUGCUUGGGGUUGGGUGUCCUCCUGGCUCGCGCUCAGUACCCGUGGCCACCUCCCCAUUUUCUGUGCCUUAUCUCACUGUUUCAGCUGAGUCCAAGUUGUUUACUCUGUUCCUCUCCAGAGGGGCUCUCUGUCCCAAUUGGACAGCUUGCCUUUGGGACAUAAGCCUUUGCCCCACAAGCCGUGGAGAGGACCAAAACCAAGCUGCUUGAGUCCACUAUCUUGCUGAUAGUCCAGGGCUGCCUGCCAGCCAGAGGAGCCCCUUAUGCACACCCAGUCCUACCAGCCUGCUUUCAGGAGCCAACGGUGGGGAAUGCACUUGGGAGGAGCCCCAGUGAAGGGCUGGACCUGACCUGAGGGGACAGGAAGAAGACCUGGCUCUGUUGGGUUGUCCAGCCCUGGGGAGCAGCCUUCCCUAUUUACCUUUCCCCCUUGUGCCACCAAACGGUCACUCCUUCCAGAGUGGACGCUGGCAGACCAUGCAAAGAAAGCCAGAACCUCUGAUCCUCACCCACAUGAAUCUGUGGCUGGGGGUAGGCCGCCAGAACAGGGACACCAAGACAUUGAGAAGGGGGGACUGCCCAGCCACCCAGCGCCUUCCUACCCCUUAAGCAAGCACAAAGAAGAUGAGGCAGAGAACUGUGAGAGCUGAAAGUUCCUUUGGUUGCUCACAACUCAGGUAUGCAUGCUGUGUGGCAGCCAGGCAGCAGAGCCCUACUUGACCGCUGGUCCCGUGCACCGGACCUGUGGCUGGUUCAUGGACUCUGGGUGCCUCAGGUGCCACCUCUUUGCAUAGGGUUUUCCUCCAUUAGUAACUACAGCUGAAACAGAUGUCCUCCACAUUGUGCACACUGGUUCUGCCUUUGUCCUCGCAAGUUGAUACUUGGCAUUAGCAUGAAACUUGUGGGCGUGGGAGGGUUUAGAGAGAAUUCUAACACAAAACACCCUAUUAAAUUGUACUUGAGAGAUGAAAAAACUCCUGUUGUAUUUUGACAGAAUUAUUUUUAUUAAAAUACACAUCCAUGAGUAGU